CUUGUCCUCCUGUGUGUUGAUCUGUCGCAGAUUUCAGAAAGUGAGGGAGGCAGGAGCUGGGAGUUUUUGGAGAGAGGAAAGAGAGAGGAACAUAAAUCAGAGCGGCGGCGCUGACACUUUCCGGUCAUAUAUAACUAUUUUUAUUUCGGCACUUCUCAAAUAAACCAGCAGAGACCCAGUUGUUGUUUGGAGCGAUGGAGCGGUCAUCAAUAGGAGACCAAGUGUUUGCUGUGGAGUCAAUAACUAAGAAAAGAGUGAGAAAGGGUAAUGUGGAGUAUCUUCUGAAAUGGCAGGGAUGGUCCCCAAAAUACAGUACUUGGGAACCAGAGGACAAUAUUUUGGACCCGCGCCUCGUCCUGGCCUACGAAGAGCAUCAGGAGAAGAUCAGAGCUCUGGCCUACCGGAGGAAAGGUCUCAGACCCAGGAGGCUCCUCCUGCGGAACAUCUUUGCCAUGGACCUCCGAAGUGCCAACAAGGCCUCGGAGAAACCGCCCCCUCGAUUAAGACUCUCCCUCACCCGAUCCAUGAGUACAGAUGUGGACCAGGGCGAAAGAGGCAGCCUGUACCGACGUCUGGCCCGGAGGAAGAGUAAUCAGAUGGGGUCCAAACGGGGGACAGAGGGACCCUCAAACAAAGAUAUCCUCCCACUGAAGAAGAGGAGUGAGGAGCCCAUUGAGGAGGACUGGAGCGGCACCAGCGAAGAAGAGAAGCAAGAGUCGGAAAGCAUCACCGAGGAGACAUGCGAAGACAGUUUCUAUGAGUGCAGCUCCCCGCCUUUGCUGGAGCGAGAGGACUUAGAGAUGGAGGAGGAGGAGAAGUUGGACGCCGAGCUGGCAACGGUGAGCACAGAAACAUGGACUGAAAAACCGGGAGAAUGGACGGCGGACACGAGACAAACGCUAGUGUGCGACCAAUCAAAAAACAGUGAUUCCACGCCCAAGGCUGCAGCGGAAGAUGAAAUUUCCGUGGGGUCAGAUUGGGACAGAAGUGAGGAGGACCUAGAGUCCGAGUGUCCCAGAUUGGAGAGCAGUGUUUCUCGAAGCAACAACACAACCUCGGUGAUAGUGAGUCAUCGAGGGAGCAGCAGCACUACAGGCUCCACUACUGAGGUGGCAGCGAAUAAGAAGGGAGAAAGUGGCAACAAUCAGAGCACAACGGAAACCACGCCCGCUGAGGCCGAACAUCCCAGAAAGGUGAUAUCUACUGACGUGACGAUCAACUUUCUGACGGUGACGAUUAAGGAAGCCCCGGUGGCAGAAGGCUUCUUUAAGGGCUAUUAAAUGAUGAGAAAAAGAGAGAUUUAAAUAACCAUAAGUAGACCUGCCACUCAUUUUAUACGUGUAAAUAGUCGUGUUUGUUAGUUAAGUCCACACGUUUACAAAGAUACACUCAUUUCCUACUGAGUUCACUGAAGACAUUGUUGCCUUUUAAAUAAAUAAACAAGUGAGUGGUACAUUUAUUAUUGUGGCGCAUUUAUAGAGUGGUGCAGUGAUGACAGAUUAUUGCAGGCUGACGCGGAAGUUAGCAUUGCAAGGGUUUAUCCGACCGGAAGCCAAUGAGAUUUUUCCAUUGGAUUUUAAAAUAUUACAGAAAAUAAGAUCCAUGGCAAACACACGUCCACGAUACAAACACGUUCCGUUCAUAAUCUCUGCAAACUAAUGGCACUUUAUGAUGUUAGAAGCAGUAAUGCAAUCUCCAGAAGUAAAAAGCUAACGUUAGGCUAUAAACGAACCACAGCACGGUCACAUGACUUCACACCUCCACGGCUAAGCUAACGGCUGCUAAUGUUAACAUUAGGAAUAUUGCAGAAAAUAAACUCUGUGGCAAACACACAUUUAUGAUACCUACACGUUUCGUUCAGCAGGAUAAUCUGCAGAUAUUACCCCAACACAUGAUGUUUGAGUCUCCUGUAGUAAAAAGCUAAUGUUAUAAAAGAACUACAGCGUGGCCACAUGGCGUCUCCACCGCUAAGCUAAUGGCUGCUAAUGUUGAUGUUGAGUGGUCUUUUUUGGCCAUUGUUAGCAACCACUGACACAUAAAGGCUUCAAACAUUCACCAGUGGGGUAUUAACUCACGUAUAUUUGAACGCCAGAAUUAAAACGUUAGGCUAAAAACAAACUACAGUUUGGUCAUAUGACUUCACAUACAAAACUUUAAAAUCUCUGAAGAUAGUUUUUUUUUUACUACUGUAAGAAAUACUGAGCUGAAUUUAGGCGUUUAAUCACAAUCACGUUCAAAAUACUGUUGACUUUUAGACUAGGGAACCAGAAGUGUUAAAAUGCUGACUAAUUUCCUGGUUUUAGGAAGCAUUCCUGCACCACUCUGUCAGGCGUGAUAGGAAGCCAGAGGCCCCAAAAAUAUCCUCAAAUCAUCAAUAGCACUCCAGAGGACUCAAUGGAUAUCAGUGGCAGGUUUCAUUCCAGGGGUCGCUGGGGCUACUGACAGACAGCAUAUGUAACAGUGCACAUUACUACUUCCAUGCAGCAGCUACUUAUAUUCCAGUCGUCCUCAGUGCUUUCCAGCCAGGCGCUCAAAUCUGUUCUCGGGGUCUGUUUCAGUCGCCUCUUUUUCUACGUUUUGUAGAGACAUUGUUCUUUUCUUUAUUUGUUCCAAGUAUUCACACAGAGAUUCCUGCAUGCCCUGUCAGUUUGUGCCACACGUGCACAAAGCUCUGUCCUGCGGUCUGUUGAAGGGUUUAUUUCUGUCACAAAGGACAUAAAACAAAGAGGGAAAGAAAUGAAUGCCUGCCGCUUAGAUGAAGUUCUGCAUUUCAAGGAGGCUAAGAUGCACAAAAUGAAGUACACAGUUGUGUUUGCUGUCGUCUGUCCUUUUUGCUUUUCAAGCAUGAAAAACUUCCUGGUUCUAUUUUUGUAUUACCAAUUGAUAGUCCAAUCUUCUCACUAGCCUUUGUGUAUUUCAAAAGAGGAGAUAUCAGUUUACACCGCUGCCGCUCUGAUGUGUAAUAAUGGAAGCAAAUGUGCAUUAGGUUCGACUGUAGUGAGCAUUUAUUUAUUGCAUGUCACAUGUAUAAGCUAAACUAACUUAUGUCACUUAUAUGUGUCUUUCUCUGAAAAAGAUAAACUGUCAAACAUGUCUUCUCUUGAAAAAUGUAUUUUUAUUUCGACAUUUCCAAUAAAUAUGUAUUAAAAUAA